AUGGCGAUUUCCCUUCCAGCAGAUGUCAAUGAAGAAGGGGACAUCUCUACGACGAAAGAGGGGAUGGUAGACAGUCAACCAGAAACUCAACCGCCGUAUUCAACGUUUUCCCCCGCCAGAAAAAAGUUCAUUCUAUCAAUAGUUGUCGCAAAGGCCUUCAUUGCUCCAGUUUCUGCGAGUAUCUAUAUGCCUUUGCUUCCUGUCCUGGCAGAGGAUUUGAACGUGUCUGCAACGUUGAUAAACCUAACGGUUACGGUGUUUAUGCUCACGUUCGCAGUGGCGCCCUUAUUUUUCGCGACCCUCUCAGACGCAAGAGGGCGAAAGCCAGUGUAUGUGCUUGGCCUAUUAAUCGGCAUUGGCGCAAACAUUGCCCUAGCAUCCGCACCUGCGCAUUAUGCCUCCUUCAUGACAUUGCGGGUUGCGCAGGCGUUCGGUGGUUCUGCGCUUUACAGCCUUGGAGCCGGUACAGUCGCAGAUAUUUUCGAACCGAAGCAGCGUGGUCGAGCCAUCUCAUAUUACAGUCUUGGACCGCAGUUAGGACCAAUUCUUGGUCCGGUAAUAGGGGGUGCGAUUGCACAGAGAUCAACUUGGCGAUGGACCUUCGGGUUUUUAGCUAUUUUUGGCAGCUUUUGCCUCCUAGUUUCCCUAUUCUUACUUCCGGAGACUCUUAGGUCAAGGGUUGGAAACGGUGCCAUCUACGAUGGAAAGGCUUGGAUUCAGUGGCCAUCGUUCAGCAAGAGGGUCGAGCUCAGGCCUGGAGAGACGGUCCCACGGCGACCAAGUAGACGCAACAUACUCAUAUUCAUGAAACAUCCUAUCAUAAUGCUCUCAUGCAUUAAUGUCUCCAUCCUUUUUGGGAGCUACUAUUGUCUUUCAGUGACCUUCCCCACUGUCCUCCAGGAACGAUAUGGAUUCAACUCUGCAGAAAUUGGAGCGGCUUAUCUCGCACCAGGGCUCAGUAUGACAUGCGGAUCAGUUAUUUGCGGACACUUAAGCGACUGGGCUCACCGGAGGUAUCUUGAGAAUACAAAGGACGAAGACGUAGCACCCGAACGAAGGCUCCACCUUCAAUUUAUAGGCACGGCCCUAUUUCCGAUCGGAGUUCUAUUAUAUGGAUGGCUGGGAAAUUCCGGUAUAGGUGUUCCAGGAGUAAUCGUCUCAAUGGCUAUCUGCGGGUUUGCAUUCUCAUGGACGCUUUCGACCAACACGACAUAUGUAACGCUCGUCCAGCCUGGACAGGCAGCUACUCUGGUCGCAUUGACUUCACUCCUGCGCAAUCCAGCCGCUGCAAUCGGAGCAGCUGUGAUUGAUCCGCUCAUCGGCGUAGAGGGUUUUGGUUGGUGCUUUACCGGACUUGCAAUUGUUGACCUGUCAAGUACAGGAAUUGCGCUUUUAAGCCUGGCAAAAGGACCCUCCUGGAGAAAAGGUUUCGAGAAAAAGCAUGAGCAUUCAAUAUCUCGAUAGAGAACGCUAUCAAAACCCAAAAGUCCUGGUGAAUGGUAGUUAGAUAAAAAGUAGGCCAACAUAUAUCACAUGAAUAUAAGGCUCCUUGGGUACAAACCGGGCAACAAGUGCUCCAGGAGUAUCAUUGGU